UUAAUUUUAAUAUUGAAUAAUUGUGUAUUUAAUAAUAUUUAAUUGUAAAGAAUGUUCACUGCAAUAGAAAGCGAAUUCCGACAAUGAACUUUCUUCGCGUCGCCAAAAGAAAAAUGAUCGAGAGAAAGCGAAGAGAAACAUCGUUUUCCGCUUGUCAUUCGGAAGAACUUUCUUCGAUGCGGUGAACAAAGGAAACAAAAGUGGUCGUGUUGUUUCUCCGGAUUAACACGAAAAAAGUAUCGGACAGAAGAAUCACGGUGUCCAUAAAUUUCUCUCUCGAAUCUGUGCGAUCUUCAGUGUUCGAAUUAACUUGACUGCGUCACUUUUGUAUCGUUCGUGUUUCUUCAUUAUCGCUAAUAUUUUUGCUCACAUUAAUAAUAAUAAUUAAAAUGAAACCUGUGAUAGGAUUCAUCUUACUUUUCGCUAUUUUUGAUUCUUUGGCUGGGAAGAGAAUUGUUAAGGUUCCCAGCGACUUCCGGUUUAAAGGUGACCUUGAAACUGCUGCUAGUGAACAUAAAGUUGAAAAUAAAGAAGAGGAGAAAGGAGGAGGCACGAAGUACCAGGAGGACCACCAUGUUGUCGACGAGGAGAAAGGUGACAAGGGUUAUAAAGUUUUCCACGAGUUCGACAAGGGUGAAAAGGGCCACCACGAUAAAGAGAACCACAAACAGAAGUACGAAGAGGAAAAGGGCGAAGAGGAAAAGAAGCACGAGGAAUCUGACCAUUACGACGAAAAUCACCGUGACGAAGAGGGUGACAAAAUGGCGAAGUUUGACGAGGAAGGGAAACACCAGAAAGGUUAUAGUACCAAAGGAGAGCAUAGUGUUUUCAAAAAGGACGAGUAUGAAAAGAAGCACGAUUUUUACGACGAAUACCACGAAGACGGAGAACACGAGAAGCACGGGGGUUAUCACCACGAACACGAGGGCAAGAAGGGUGGACACGAGAAGAUGGGUCAUAUGGAUUCUGGUAACCACGAGGAUCAUCAUGGUAAGAAGAAGAAGCACGAGGAGGGUCACCAUCACCGCACCCAAAAAGGUCGCAAACUGGCCGAAGGUCACGACGACCACCAUCAACAGGGUAAAAAGUACGGGAAGAAAGGUGGACACGAAUCGGGGAAGAAAUGGUUCUCUAGCAGUGGUCACUGAACAGUUGUUCUUGUAUCUUAUUUUGUAAGAUACUUCUUGACUAGUCAUAACAGUGUACUGUAUUUGUUAA